AUGAAGGUUGAGGCCUUCCUGGUGGGGUCCGAGGUCAGCUCUCUGCUGCUUAGCGACUUGCAGAGCUUUCUGAGCUCGGACUCAGAGCAGCUGCCGCAAAGCUUCAGGCAACUGCUGCGGCUGGCAGAGUCCCAGGAAGUGCAGCAGUCGACAUCACAGCUCGUGUCAGCAGCAGUCCGGGGGGCUGUGGAGGGGGCUUCAUCAUUAGGCGAGGGAUCCAGAGACAUGACCACAAAGAUUCUGGAUGUGUUGAGCAGCGAGCGCGGCAGCAGCCUCUUGACCCUGGCCAUCAGCGUCGCAUGCAAGAGCUCAACAGAUGCAUUUUGCUCAAACCUGGCGCAAGCUGCGGCAGAUUCUGGGCAGCCUGACAUGAUGCAGAGAUUGCUGCACUUUGCUGGGAGCCGGGAGGGGCAGCAGCUGUCGACAACCAGCAUCCGCACAUUUGUGAGGGAGGGCAUGGAGGUGUACAUGGAGAAGCUGGAAGGCACCAACUCAUGGGCAGACCUGCUGGCUGCCAUUGGCAAGGGUUCGUGCAGCGCGUCAGAGCAGAGGUUGGGCAAACAAGCGAGCAGCAGCGGCCCAACUGACAGCUGGGCUAAUGAGGUCAUCCAGGUUGUCAAGGUGCCAGAGGCGAGGAAGCUGAUGCUGAUGCUGGCAGCCACGGCCACGGCAGAGGGCGUGCGUGGGAGCCUCCUGGGUGUGCGUGAUGUGCUGCUGGGACAGAGCUGUGACAGUGUGGCGACAAAUGGCAGCUCCUGGCUGCACCUGCCGCAGCAACAGCUCUAUGUCCUCAUCUGCAUUGUCUUCACUGUGGUCCUCUAUUUGACAGCCAGAUCCAGAAUGGAGUCCACCAUUGACUUUCAAGGAUGA